AUUCGAUCUGCGAGGGAGUAGCGAAAACGGAAGAAUGAGAAAGAGAAAAGAAUUUAGUCUUGGCGUUCUGGUUGGCUUUUUGAUUCCUCUCCAAAUACAUAUAUGUAUGUAGGUGAGGUGGGGGCAAAACUUGCCGGAUUGAUGGUGUUUUUUGGCUUAUUUCUUUACAAAAUUCACAACACUUUUUCGUGCAAUUAACCUCGCCAUGGGUGGGCAGAGUCAACCCCUUUUUGACUACUCAUUUUUCAUAUGCUUAAUUAAGUUUCACGAUUUGGGCCAAGAAAGUGAGUUGAGUUCUGUGUGCUCAUCGACCGGCUUUCGUUUCGAGACUGACCUCUGGUUCGGAACUGUUCAACCACUUUAAACACGUUGCCUGUUGCCCUGAGAAGACCAAGAACAAAGAGAGAGAUUGAGAGAGCAACGAGGGAGAGGACGAGAGCACGGCCAGAGUGGUUGAAAUUUCAUUCAACCACCCAGUUGAACACCUAAGCUGAAACAAUGGAAAUCCUUUCAACCUCGUUGCCUCGUUGUGGGAUCAGUGGAAUUCCUUAACUAAACUAUGCUCAAGUGGGCCUACCAGCAACCGAGACCCUCGUAUCUGGCUGCCGAGGAUAAUGUAGCAAAAGCUAGCCAGCUAACGGGUUCAGCAACCACCUCAUCCGGCGACUACAAAGAAUUCCAUGCCCUGCGCAAACAACUGAAAAUGAAACGAAAAUCGUUGGGUAAAGAGAAUCAACUGACGACUUCAACACCAUUGCCAGCGUUCAAGCAGACAAGGACAACUCCCUUUCGACCAUUGAACUGUGUCUAUGCCUCCACGUUGCCCACUUUUGAGGCGGAAUAUUCACCCUCACAGGCAACGGCAACAGGAACAGGAACAGGCACAGGAACGACAAGGACAACUUGUGGCAUCACUGUGCCUGGUCCCCUGCUGGCUCUACGAGGACUAUGUGUACCCGACAGUUACUUUGACAAGCCAAGAUAUUUGGAUGAGCAGCAGCAGCAGCAGCAGGAACAGGAGCAGGAGCCGCCAGGGCAAUUGUUGCCAGAGGCCAACACCACAAACGCCUUGAGUUCGAGGCAGAUGGGUGAUGUUACCUUGGAGCGAAUGAUUGAUGCCAUUUUGGAGAGCACUCGAAAACCACCGAAUCACAGAUACGCGUCCACUCAUUCGUCCACCUAUCGUCCUGCCUUUGAUCCAGCCAGUGAUCUGUGCGAGAAUUGGCCCACAGCCCACUUUGAAGAGCGUGAAAUCAUCGGCUCUCCGUCCCACCUACCCACCCACUCCCGCUCGAAGAUCCGCUCCCAGCAGUUGCUGUUGCGUCGUCAGCGGGUGGUGCGACGUAAACGGAAAAUAGCCACCAAAAUCUCAUCCAGCGUUCGACACUCUGCCCAAAAGUUGCUUAGCGCCGCAUCUCGUUCCAGCCAGAAGGAGAAGCAGAAACAGAAGCAGAAGCCAUUGCGACGUCACAUUAGUCCAGACAGUGGUCACAACUCCACCAGUGACUGCGAGUUCGAGAUUGAUAUCCGUCAGUUUAAUGUGGCGGAUGAAUACUUGGAGGAGGAAGAGAAGGACGAGGGGCUGAGGGAAGAGUUGGAGGAAAAGAGUCUGAAUACCAAGCGGCGCUUGAAUUUCUCCUUCAGCGAGGAUCUAUUUGUGGACAAGUGAUUUCACUGAAUCGAUUCGGAUUUGUUGGCUGUUAAAUAGGUUUUCCCUUAAGAUACAUAUUUUUUUUUUUUGCUCUUUUAUUUGUUGGCUAAAAGCU